CUUGCGUUUGGAAACGAAUUGGAGGUCAGAGAAGAGAUAAGCACACUGAGAAAUCAGCGAAGCUGUGUAUGACAGUACCACUACCAGAUUAGGAAACCAUCAAUAUUCAAAAUCAGCAAUCAAAGUAAUCACCUGUAAGAACAGCUUGUGAAACCGUAAACAAAAUCGAGCUUAAAAUGACCUGUGUGGUGACCCCUGGCAUGUAAAUGGCGUCCAAAGUGAGAGAUGCUGUAGUGUGGUAUCAGAAGAAGAUUGGGGCCUACGAUCAACAGAUAUGGGAGAAGUCAGUAGAACAAAGAGAAAUCAAGUUUAUUAGUCUGGGCCUAAGGAACAAGCCAAAGAAGACCGGUCAUGUGAAACCUGAUCUGAUAGAUGUUGACCUUGUGAGAGGUUCAGCAUUUGCUAAAGCGAAACCAGAAAGCCCUUGGACAUCCCUGACGAGGAAGGGCAUAGUGAGAGUGGUGUUCUUCCCGUUCUUCUUCAGAUGGUGGAUCCAAGUCACCUCAAAAGCAAUCUUUCUUUUGUUGCUUUUUCUAUACCUCCUGCAAGUUGCAGCGGCAGUGUUAUUUUUCACCAUUCCCCAGACGCACAGCAUUCCUGUCACAGAGGUGUUUGGGGCAAUAUGGCUAAUGCUGCUACUGGGAACUGUUCAUUGUCAGAUUGUGUCCACAAGGACACCAAAACCCACCCCCAGCAGUGGGGGAAAGAGACGAAGGAAGUUAAGGAAAGCAGCACACUUGGAGGUGCAUAGGGAAGGAGAUGGCUCUAGCACUACAGAUAACACACAGGAGGGGGCGCUGCACUGCUCCGGUUCUGCCACCACUUACAGCCUUGGCGUUUUCUUCAGAGAUUUCUGGCAUGAUUUCUUUAAACCAGGAUCGAAGAAGUCCAAGAUGUCCAUUGACAAGUCAACGGAGACGGACAACGGCUACGUCUCUCUGGACGGGCGGGUGACCAGUAAGAGCAGCGAGGAGGGGCUGCAGCUACAGGGGCCGCACUGCGAUCUGCUGCAGGCGGAGGACUGCUGCUGGAGCACCGCUCAGGCCCGGCAGGAGCAGCCCCAGCCGGCUCACAAUAAGGAGUCUCACGGCCCGCGGGUUCUGGAGAACGUGUCGGACGAAGUGUCCAGCGAGGAGGAGCCCGAGGGCAGCUAUGGGCUGAACCGGCGAGGGAUGGAGCGCAUGUCCAGUGACUGCGCACUGCGCAACAGGAAAUCACAACACUACAAGAAGCACUACACUGCUGAGGAGGUGACCAAGUCGGGCACCAGCUGCAGCUCCCGCUGCUCCAGCUCCCGGCAGGACUCUGAGAGCACGCGGCACGAGUCCGAGACGGAAGACGUGCUGUGGGAGGACUUCCUGCACUGCGCGGAGUGCCGCUCCUCCUGCACCAGCGAGACAGAGGGGGAGAACCCUGCUGUCUGCACUGCCGCCAAGAAGGAGUACCGGGACGACCCCUUCCACCAGGGUCACAUACCAUGGCUUCACAGCUCCAAUCCAGGCCUGGAGAGAGUGAGCGCUAUCGUGUGGGAGGGCAAUGAGUGUAAGAAAGCUGACAUGUCUGUGCUGGAGAUCAGUGGUAUGAUCAUGAACAGGGUUAACCUCUACACUCCAGGAAUAGGCUACCAGAUAUUUGGGAACCUAGUGUCCACAAUCCUGGGACUGACACCUUUUGCCUACAGACUUUCACAGUAUAAAGACUUGGAGCAGCUCACUACACUCUCUGCUAAUGAACUGAUUACCAUUGCCUUUGGCUCCAGCUCUGAUGUCUUGGUCAUCUCCAUGGUAACGAUCAGCUUUGUGGUCAGAGCCUGCCUCAUCUGGCUCUUCUUCUUCUUGUUGAGUGUCGCAGAACGCACAUAUAAGCAGAGAUUACUCUUUGCUAAACUCUUCGGCCAUUUAACAUCUGCAAGAAGAGCCAGGAAAUCAGAGGUUCCUCAUUUUCGUUUGAAGAAAGUACAGAACAUCAAGAUGUGGCUUUCUUUGCGUUCGUAUCUUAAGAGACGGGGCCCUCAGCGGUCUGUCGAUGUGAUAGUUUCUUCUGCGUUUUUGCUGACUCUCUCUGUUGUGUUUAUCUGCUGCGCCCAGUUGCUUCACGUUCAUGAAACAUUCCUGGACUAUCAUUACAACUGGGAGCUGGUGAUCUGGUGCAUUUCCUUAUCACUCUUUUUGCUGCGGUUUGUCACACUGGGAUCUGAGACGAGUAAAAAAUACAGCAAUACCUCCAUUCUUCUAACUGAGCAGAUAAACCUGUAUCUGAAAAUGGAGAAGAAGCCUAAUAAGAAAGAAGAACUGACCUUGGUAAAUAAUGUGCUCAAACUGGCAACCAAAUUACUAAAGGAAUUGGACACACCAUUCAGACUGUAUGGACUGACCAUGAAUCCUUUACUUUACAACAUUACUCAAGUGGUUAUCCUGUCUGCUGUAUCAGGGGUCAUUAGUGAUCUCUUGGGCUUUAAUCUAAAGCUCUGGAAGAUCAAAUCAUGACAACAACAAGCUAAAUGAAUAUUUCAAUACCCUCCUGAAGUAAAGGAACACGUACUGAUUGGAAAAGCUGCAGAAACUAACUUUGGGCUCCUUGAUGAUGAACUGUGCCCCAUUCUAAGACAUAUCGAAGUGCUUACUUUUCAAACACUUGUGCAAUUCAGAUAUUUAUUUUACCCUUUCAGUGUUUGUUCUUCUCAUUUGUUUUAGUAACUUGUUUUAAUUGGAAAGUAUUAUUUUAGCUCUUUUGUUGAUGGAAAGGGUGAGCAAGCAGCAGCAAAAUGCCACAUUUAAAUGGUUUCACUGGAAUUAAAAGGGUCAUUGCACUUUUGAUCAUUUUUGUAAAAAAAAACCUAAGCAACUCUUGAGUAAUCUUACUGCAUGAGUAGUGCUGAACCUGCUCAAGAGUUGUGAGUUCACAAUGAACUUUCAAUGAGGCUGCUGUUAGACAGGAGAAUAUAUUUUCAGAACAAACCCAAGCCAGACAACAACAAAAACAUGUUUCCUAGCAGGGUUAUUCAUUCAUUGGCCUGCAGUGUUUUCAAAUCUGCUGUGUGAUAAGGCUUCACAAAGGUGGGCAUUCCAGCAAUUCUAGCAUAGGUUUCCAGAAAUCUGUCACAUUUCAUUAGAAAUGAUCUGCACAAUUUCUAGGACAGGAAGAUUUGUUUGCCCGUGCCUCACCGAUGUCAAAAUCACAUUGGUCUUAUUAGAAUCAGAGAACAGCAUCCAGAGCUGAGAAACAGCAGGAAGCAAGAACUGUUUUUGUUUUCUUGCUGUAAAUUAGAGUACGUGGUCAUUAAGACACCUAAUGAAAGUAAUCUCUCUCUGUAAUUGCCACCUUCAGUUCCCCCUUGAUCAUUUUGCGGGUGGGUCCGUAGUCACUUUCCUGAAGCAAGAUCUCCAGACCCUUGUGGAAGAAGUCUUCAGGGAAUGUCAGUUGGCAUACAUUUUAAUCUUUUUUUUAUUACCAAGUGUAGAUUAAGCUUAACACGAUCCACCUUUGUGGCUGUUUGUUUGGUCACAAAUCUGAUGUUCUCAAGAUUUUCUCAGAAAAAUGCACACGUCACCUCUGAGCAAAAAGUACCAGACUUGGAAACUAGCCUAUUAAUACAUGUAAGGAAAUGCAAAGAGCCGAACCAAAGAUUGGAAGUCUUCAAGCCAGAAACCAAUGGGCAAUCAUCCUUUUAUGAACAAAAAAUACUCUUUUGGGUCAUCACAAGUGGCUCAAUCACUAAAGGUGCUAACUUGAACACUGAGCAUUUGAAAUCUACUGUAUGAUCACAGGUCCAAGCCUGGGUCAUAUCACAAGCCAACUGUGACUAGGAUACCCCAGGCACUAGCUGUCAAUUGGCGGAGUGCCACUGAAGGGAGGGUGGGAUUAGUAGGCCAGGGUUUCCUUCGUUCUCUCGCAAUCAAAAUAUUAUUACUACUAUAUACAAUUUAGGUUGAACCACGUUAAAACCAGUAGCAAACUACAACAAAUCGCCAUUUAUGUGUCCGGAAGCACUCCUUCACUGUACUGAUAAAGGCCGAACAGAAAUUACGUUAAGUUAUCAAAGUAGUGUGCUCUCAGCAACACCAUGAUCUCUGCAGUCUCCCAGAUGCUCGCAGAUAUGCACACUUGUCAUUAAGAGACAUGGACUCUCCUCCAGUCGGGCGUGGACCGUACAGUAUGUUGCUGUGGUGCCUUUGAUGUGAUAAGACCAGAAUGGCUCUAAGGGAGGUGGUUCAGAAUGGAAUCUGCCUAUAUUCUCUCCUUCCACCUGCGGUUGUAGGGUUUGGAGCUCCUAGCCAAGAUGUGAAAAGCACCCAAAGUAUUGUUCCAAAAUGGGCGAGUAUAAAGAAAAUAAUUUGUGAUUCUAAAAUUAUAAAAAGGUGGAAGAAUAUCCUUUUGAGUAUCUUUAUGGAAGAAAGAGGAGAUUAGAAUAGAAGAAUACAUAUCUGAAAAGGUGUGUUGUACAUAUCGAACCCACCAAAUUCAAGUACCAAGUUCACAAUGGCUUGUAGAUUGAAAGAUAUUAGGAAGAAGAAAUUGUAAAUAAACAGGAUUAGCCUCUCUGCUAAUGUUGAAAGCUGUAAUAAGAAAACUGUUACGGCUGCAGCUUGCAAACCCUUUCCUUUAGGCCUCAAGUUAUGUGGCUCAGUCAAAACAUACUUUUUGAUGGUCAAGCUGUAUUUAGAGCAAUAAUAGUAAGUGCUACAAUGAUUGAAAGUAUUUUGACAGAGUCUAGAAAUAACUAUUAUUUAAGACACUGGGCUUUGCUUGGCACCAGCUGGGCAUGCCUGAAAAUGUGCACUUUUUAGAAAGAAAAUGUUACAUGUUUCAAUGUUAAAGCAUCUUAAAACGAGUAAGAGCUUUUUUGUUAUGUGUGUGUGAGACAGUCUGUUUGAAUAUGACCAAAGUGCAUUUCAUUGGAUGAGAAUGUAUUAGCAACAGCUUUAAGAACUUUGCUUUUUAUUGAUAAUGCUUUAAAGGAAAUAUGUUGCUUUUUGUUUUUUGCUUGUUUUUUAAAGCUGAUCACUCAUGCUUUGUAAACAAUUUAAUUAAAAACAUUUGUAGCACUGAAGAAAGGUUCACGACAUUAAAGAAGCUCAAUUAUUUUGUUAGUGAGAAAAAAAUAUUCUAUGCAUUGUCAUUUUUUUAAAGACCGCAUAUUUAAUGUUUUAGUUGGAAGUGCUUUUGUGAGCAGAUUUUAUUUAUAAAUGUUCCAGGUUUUUAUACAAAUUAAGGAUACAUAAGUAUACUUAAUAAGCUACAGUGCUGUGUUCACUACACAGACUUGAACUGCUUUAAUUCUCUCCACUUUAUCACAUGACACUGUAAUUAACAUAAAAAUAUUAAAACUGUGUCCGACAA